CGUCCAACAUACAUUGCUCCGCAGUCUCUGAAAAGAUAUAAGAGAAAGUUAUUUGCAGUUGACAACGAUGAUGACCACAGGGAGCGUGACAUGAGAUUUCAUGAUAUCAAUGAAGAACAAGAUGAUGUUGAAUUUGAUGAUAUGGAAGAUAUAGAUAUGAAUGAAGCUUAUGAAGAACAAGAUAGUUUUAAAGAUGAUGGAGAUAAAGACAUGGAAGAUUUAGAAAAGGUGAAUGAUUUAGAAAACCAGAAUGAUGAACUGGUUGAAGAAGAAUGUGAAGUUCUAGAAAAUGAAGAAGAGCAUGAAGUUUCACAACAAGAAAAUGAAGCAGUUCGUAAUGUACGUAAAAGAGUGAGAGGACCAACGCAUAUGCCAAGGGUUUGGCCCCAAGAAAAAGGGGAUAGAAUUCCUAUUUUAGUUAAUGCACACGGACAACUAAUUAAUGACAAAAGUAGUCAACUGACCCAUUUCAUGGGAACCCUUUCAAGGAGUGGAAAGUAUUGUCCGAUUUAUAAACCAUGGAAUAAAGUUAACGCCGCCAAAAAACAAGCGUUGCUUGCACUCUUAAAGAAAAAAAUUGAUAUUCCUGAAGUUGCUAAAGGCUGGAUAUUCCAAUCAUUUGGGCGGAAGGUGAAGAGCUGGAGGGCAAGAGUUAAGGAACUAUACCAUGGUCUGGGUGUUCGUGCUGCUGAUGUUUGGGGUGUAAUACCAAGUCGUUCGGCAUGCCAUAGAGAAAACAUCCAAUUGAAGUCUCAAUGUGAAGAACUUACUAGUACUGUGGUCCAGUUACGAACCCAAGUAUCAGAGAUGGAAGGGUCGAGGGGUGGUUCCAGUGUUCAACCUCUUGCAUCACAACAUUUCCCCAAUGUAACCAAUGGACAUCAACGUUUACGGGUCGGAGAUGAAGUUUUCCUCAAAAGCAUUCUAAACUCUACCGAGAUUGUAGCAAGAGGAAGGGUCCAGAGCUUGGACCCAAAUGAUGUAGUUGGUGGUACAAAGAUUGGACCAGAAUGGUGUGAGGUAAACGUUCAACUACCAAUAAAAAAAGAUGAAAACUUGGUAAGACCAUAUGGUUUAUUUUCUACAAUUCAAGAUUGUAUUGGUACAUCCAUCGCAUGGCCCUAUCCAUUCAUCUCGGUAGUCCAUGAGGAUUGAGGACACAUGAUGACUCAAGAUUUUAUCCUUCUUAUUUCUUUAAUUGUUUUUAAUUUCUUUGUUAAAUGUUAAGACUUUAUGUUAGAUAAUGUUAUAAUUUAUUUAUGGUUAGUGUUUUUG